AUGACCGCCAGUAAAAUAUAUUGCUUUAUAGUCAGACGCUUUUACCUCACUUGGCUGCAAGAUCCAUUUUUGACUACGCUCAUCCAGUGGCACUGCACCUCCUUUAGGGCUAAUAAAAUCCAUUUGGUAACCCGCUUUAUGCGCAACGUCAUAGAAAUGUCCAAAGGCUUGAUGAUCAAUUGGAUUCAACGGAAGCAUAUUGAGCGAGCAUAUUUAGACGUGCUGGCGCUACAACCUGAACUCGAAGAAAUCUCUCCAGAACAGCACUGUUUGAUUAUCGAAAGUUUGCUUGAAGUGACACAAUUGCUAGAGCAACUACCUGCGGUGGUACGCGAUACUUUCCUCUAUGCGCAGCUUGAAGGGCUGAAAUAUGAUGAGAUUGCAGUCAAAUUGGAUAUUUCCCUAAGUUCAGUCAAACGCUAUAUGAAAAAAGCCCAAGGUGAGUUGAGUCCGCAAGAAUUACAGCAAUUGCUGAUCUGGCAGCAGCAAAGUUCAGUGCAUGCCAAAGUUUGGCAAAAAAUGCAGCAACUGCAUCAUACUUUUGAUCAACUGCCAACCGAAGUGGCACGACCUAUUUUAAAGCAAAGCAUAUCAUCUUCAUGGAGAAAACGCCGUCAUUACAUGUGGGUUUUGGCUGGUCUAUCGUUACUGUAUUUAGGCUAUAGCUUAAAUCAGCAGCAACAAUGGACGGCAGACUAUCGUACAAAAGUGGGUGAAAUUGAAAAAAUUAAACUCCCCGAUGGCGGUGAACUGUAUUUAGACAGCGCAUCGGCAAUUGAUCUGGACUAUAGCGCUAAGCAACGUAAUGUCGUGCUAAGAAAAGGUCAGAUCUGGAUUAAAACUGCAAAAGAUCAACAGCAACGCCCAUUCUUUGUGCAAACUCAACAUGGGCAAAUGCAGGCUUUGGGUACUGAAUUUUCAGUAGAGCUUGAUUCAAAGCAGUCUUGGGUGUUCGUUGAGCAAGGUGCGGUGAAAUUACAACCACAACGUCAUCCAACUCAGGCAGUGAUUGUUGCGGCGGGUCAGCAAAGUUAUUUGAAUCGCGAGCAGGUCGCCGAGGUUACAAGUGCUGAUCUUACACGCAACAGUUGGACGCAGGGCUGGAUGAUCGUGAAUGAUCUGCCGUUCAUGUUGGCUGUCACCUAUAAGUUAGACAUCAAUCGCUAUGCACAAGGCUAUUGGGGGGUUAUGGUGUCUCUAGCAUUGCAACACGCAAAAAAUUUGAAAAAACCGAAACCAUAUAAAAUAAGCCGCGAGAAAAAAAUGCGUUAUUCGGUCAUGCAUUUAUUGGUACUGAGUAGCAUGUUGGGUGUCAGUGCAUUUAGCCAUGCUGAAACAGCAUUAACUCAAAAGCAUUAUCAAGUGGCUUCAGGGGAUUUGGGACAAGCGCUUUCUAAUUUUGCUCUACAGUCUAAUAUUGCAUUGUCUUUUGAUCCGAAACUGACGCAGGGGUAUAAAACAAACGGUUUAAGCGGCAGUUUUGAUAUUGCUCAGGGUUUUCAACAGUUAUUAAAAGACACAGAUCUACAGCUUGUUCAACAAAGUCCACGGGUGUGGCGAAUUGAACGACGUCAGAUGUCGAAAACCACAACAGUUGCAAACACGGCAACGGAUUCAGCCGUGGCAACAAAUUCUCACGUGGACAAUCCAGCAGCGAAACUUGAGACCAUUGUCGUGACUGCCAAUCAGUUGGGGGAAAUUACUGAAAAUAGUGGUUCUUAUACGCCAGGUAAAAUUGCCACUGCCACGCGUUUAGUGCUUACACCGAAAGAAACACCACAAACCAUUAGUGUGAUUACGCGACAGUUGAUGGAUGAUUUUCAGUUAAAUAAUAUUGAUCAAGUCAUGUCGCAUACACCCGGGAUUACCGUAUCAGCUUACGACAGUGAACGGACCAGUUAUUACUCACGCGGUUUUGCCAUUAAUAAUUUCCAAUAUGAUGGCAUUCCUUCAACGACUCGAAAUGUCGGUUAUGCCGCGGGUAAUACGCUCAGUGACUCUGCUAUUUAUGACCGUAUCGAAGUCCUUAAAGGGGCAACGGGCUUACUUACAGGGGUAGGUUCUUUGGGUGCAACCAUCAACUUGGUACGAAAAAAACCAACCGCAGAGACUCAAGCAUCGCUGAGUUUAAGCGCUGGUUCUUGGAAUAAUUACCGUGCUAUGGCAGAUGUCAGUGGUUCACUGAAUGAUGAGCAAAGUAUUCGUGGACGUUUUGUGGCUGCGGGUCAAGACAAAGAAUCUUUUAUGGAUCGUUAUGAACGUAAAAGUGCUGUAUUUUAUGGCAUUGUCGAAGCAGAUUUAGGCGAUAAAACUUUAGUUACACUGGGUGCAGAUUACCAGAACAAUGACCCUAAAGCAUCGACAUGGUCAGGCUCUUUCCCUUUAUUUAAUGGUGCUGGGGAACGUAAUCCAGAUCCAGAUCGCUCCUUUAAUAAUGGUGCCAAUUGGAGUGAAUGGAAACAAUAUACCCGUACCAUUUUUGCCAAUGUCCAUCAUAAAUUUAAUGAUGAUUGGGCACUGACUCUGCAAUAUGACCAUAAAAUUAAUGGCUAUGAUGCAACACUAGGCACUAUCCAAGGCUAUUAUCCUAAAUUAGAUGGUUCUGCUAAUCUUUGGCCUUCUCAAUAUAUCGGUCGUACCGUCAGUGAUUCAUUGGAGUUGUAUAGCACAGGUAAGUUUGAGCUGCUUGGUCGGCAACAUGAUUUGGUCUUAGGCGCAAGUGGGGCUUAUUCACGUUGGAAGGGGAAAGAUUGGUAUGGUGGCAUGCAGGGUUAUGAUUCACAUAUUCCCGAUUUUAGCCAAUGGGAUGGCAAUAUUGCACAGCCAAAUUGGGGUGAGCCAAAUGCCUAUACCCAUGACCGUACUACUCAAUAUGGUGCCUACGCCAGUACUCGUUUAAAUCUGGCGGAUGAUUUAAAGGUGCUCUUAGGUACCCGUAUGAUCAACUAUAAAAUGAAAGGUUUACAAGGUGUAGUCGAGGAAAAGAACCGCUUCAUUCCCUACGUUGGGGUCGUCUAUGACAUCACUGAUCGAGUCAGUGCUUAUGCCAGUCUUAGCGAUAUCUUUAUGCCUUAUGAUAUCUGGUAUAAGUCUUCAACCAAUAAAAUCCUAGAUCCAGACGAAGGUAAAAACUACGAAGGCGGCUUUAAGUUUCAAUCUGAUGAUGCCAAGUUAAAUGCCAGUAUCGCUUAUUUUGAAAUCCAUGAAUCCAAUCGUGCCAUUGAGGACAUUGUUUAUAAUGGUGCGCCAAGUAAUCCCGCUGUUGAUUUUGCAUGGAUUGGUGCGAAAGCCAAAACUAAGGGGGUAGAGAUUGAAGCUUCUGGUGAGGUUUUCCCCAAUGUCCAAGUGCAAAGUGGUUAUACCUACAAGCAAAUUAAGGACAAUGAUGGUGAGAAGAUUUCAACAUGGGAACCAGAACAUCAAUUUAAUGUCUCAACCCAGUAUAAAUUUGAUCAGCAACUCGAUGGUUUAAGUGUGGGUGGGAAUGUUCGUUGGCAGAACCACGGAUGGCAAACGGUGUAUAACAAUGUCAAAAAGCGUAGUGAAGUGAUUGAUCAGAAAGCCUUUGUAUUGGUCGAUCUAAUGGCCAACUACCAGUUUAAUGAACAGUUAAGUACUGCGAUUAAUUUAAAUAAUAUUUUUGACCAACACUACUUUACCAACAUCGGCUUCUAUAACUCUGGGGUGUAUGGUGAGCCACGUAAUUUUAUGCUUAGUGUGAAAUAUAAGUAUUAA